AUGAUUGAUCGAGUCCCGGGAAACAUUAAAAUAAAAACCAACCCCAAGGACACUACCAUUAUGAUGUUCCCCGGACAAGGCAGUCAGUUUGUGGGAAUGGGCUCGGCGAUCUUUGAAGUGCCGAACGUUGAGAAACUCUUCUCCACCGCCAAAGCCAUCCUCGGCUAUGAUCUGCUGAAGAUGUGCCUUACCGGCCCGAUAGAGAUGCUCAACAAGACCGAGUACUGCCAACCAGCCAUCUACGUGACGUCACUAGCCGCCAUAGAGUACUUGCGAAGCAUCAACUCGGCCGAAGUUGAGCUUUGUGUCGCCGCAGCGGGCUUCAGCAUUGGCGAGAUUACCGCGCUCGUCUUUGCCGGUGCCAUGUCCUUUGAAGACGGCCUCAGGCUGGUGAAGCUGCGCGGUGAGGCGAUGCAGUACGCCUCUGAGCUAGUGCCUUCUGCCAUGGCGACGACCUUCUUUCACGCCGACGCCAAUGUGAACCUCGCCUGUCAGGCAGCGCGUGAGUGGUGCAAACGGAAGGACAUACCGGACGAGUACGCCGUCUGCUCGGUGGCCAACUACCUCUUUGCUCACUGCAAGGUCAUCGCCGGCCACGAGGAGGCGAUCAAGUUUCUCGAACUGAGCGGCAAAGACUUUGGCCUGAAGAAGAUGCGACGACUGCCCGUCUCAGGCGCCUUUCACACCUCGCUCAUGGAGCCGGUGACGAAGGUGCUCGCGGAAGCUCUCAAGCAAAUCAAACUGGAGGUUCCACUCAUUCCAGUGUACUCGAACUUUGACGCCAACGUGUACCGAAGCGAGGAGGAGAUUCGCAGAAAGCUUACCCAGCAGGUGUGCAAACCAGUCAAGUGGGAGCAGAUUCUCCACAAUCUCUACGACCGUCCGGCAGACGUUCCAUUUCCUCGCACUUAUGAAUGCGGUCCUGGAACAGCUCUGCUCAGCACGCUCUCUAUGGUGAACCGGGCAGCUCGGCAGCAUAGUAAACAUGUCAAGGUAUAA